AUGGCCCUCCCAGACGAGCAUGUUCGCCAUCUCCGUCGCGCCCUCGCACAGGCACACAAGUGCACCCCGUCCCCGUCCGCCUUCUGCGUCGGCUGCGUCCUCGUCGUCCGCGGCGUCGUCCUCGCCACCGGCCACUCGCGCGAGCUCCCCGGCAACACCCACGCAGAGGCCAACGCCCUCGCAAACGCCCGCGCCCUCUCCCCCGCAGCCCUCGCCGCCCUCUUCCCCGCCGCCCCGCCCCCCGCCAGCGCCGACGACCUGCUGCGCGCCGCGGACGUCUACACCACCCUCGAGCCGUGCUCCGUGCGCACCUCCGGCCUCGCGCCCUGCGCGGACGCCCUCAUCGCCGCCCGCGUCCGCCGCUGCUUCGUCGGCGUCGGCGAGCCCGACGACUUUGUCAAGUGCGAGGGCGCCCAGAGGUUGAUCGACGCCGGGAUCGAGGUCGUCUGGGUCAAGGGACUCGAGGACGAGUGUCUCGCCGCGGCCAGGAGGGGGCACGACUCGCCCUCGGCGUGA